UUUCUAAAGCAUGGUGGAAUGGACGAGAAUCUCUCCAUUGAUGAGAGCAUGAUACCGUAUUAUGGUAGGCACUAUGCUAAACAAUAUAUCCGUGGUAAGCCCAUUCGAUUUGGAUUCAAAAACUGGGCUCUGAAUUCCAGCGAUGGAUAUAUGCUUCAGUUCGAUGUGUAUAUGGGCAAAAAUGCAGAGAGCGUCCCACAAGGAUAUGGAGUAGGAGGUGACAAAGUGGUUGAUCUCCUCACGAAAGCAAAUGUACCACACCAUAAGGGAUUCAAGCUUUUCAUCGACAACUAUUUUACGUCCGUGAAACUGUUGCGCAAUUUGGCCAGUAUGGGGAUUUGUACAUCUGGUACAAUUAGAGACGGUCGCAUAGAGAAGUGUCCUCUUCGUCCAAUAGCCGCCAUGAAAAAGGAGCAGCGAGGAUCCAGCGAUUUUCGUUUUACUGACGAUGGCAAGAUUCUCGUUGUAAGAUGGAAAGAUAAUAAUGUGGUGACCAUUGGCUCCAACUUUGAUACCAACGAUAUCGGGACGUGCAAGCGCUACGCGAGAGGGCAAGGUGCGAUACAGAUACCACAGCCGAAACUUCUUCAGCGCUAUAAUCAAGGCAUGGGAGGCGUUGAUAAAAUGGACCAGAUGGUGGCUGUGUACCGGUCUAGAAUUAGACAGCGUAAGUGGUGGUGGCCCAUAUUUGCAUAUUUGUUGGACGCAUCGAUCGUAAACGCAUGGAUCCUUAUGCGGAAAGUUCAUCCGAACGACCCAAAUUGUGGCACUCUGCUAAUUUUUCGCAGGUACAUAGCCAAUUCGUAUCUAGAGAGAUACGGAAUGCCGUCCUCAAGAGGAUCGAGUAGAACCAGCAUCAAUCCUGAUGCGCGCUACGAUGGAAAAAACCAUAUGAUUGAGUACUCGAAUACGGAUAAGAGAUGUGCCUAUUGCGGAAAGAAGUCUAACUUUUUAAAGUGCGAGAAAGGGCUUCAUCCGAAAGAAUGCUUCAAGUAA